AUGUCUGACGUCGACACCUACCUCGACAUCGCCGCCAAACGGCGCACCAUCUACAACCUGACGGGGGAAUCGACCAUCUCGGACGCAAAGCUCGAGGAACUGGUCAAGAAGACCCUGCUGGUCACACCGUCGGCAUUCAACACGCAGAGCGCCCGCAUCAUCGUCCUUCUGGGCGACCAGCACAGGAAGCUGUGGGAUAUUGUUAAGGCGGCCCUCGCGCCGCACGUGGCCGGCAAGCCCGAGCAAGCCGCCGCCACCGAGGCGAAACUGAACUCCUUCCGAUCCGCGUAUGCCUCGAUUUUGUUCUUCGAAGACCCAUCCACGUACGACCCGCUUGCCGGGUUCGUGACGUACGCCGACAAAUUCGAAGCCUGGCGAGAACAGGGAAGCGGCAUGAACCAAUUGGUGCUGUGGACCGCGCUGGAGGCCGCGGGGCUGGGCAUCAACGUGCAGCACUACAACCCGCUCAUCGACGAAGAGGUGAAGAAGACGUGGUCGAUUGAUGAGAAGUGGAAGCUGGUCGCUCAGAUGGUCGUUGGGAAGCCGGCUGGGGAGAAACCCGCAGCGAAGGAACAGAAGCCCUUGGAAGGAAGAUAUCGGGUCAUUGCUUGA